ACUUGCAGACACCAAAGCCGCAGUUCAUCAUGCGGCUCGCGUUGCUCCUGGCGGUACUGUGCUGUGCCAGUGCCUUUCCGUUGAAUGGCGUGGCCACUAUAUUCCGGACCAACAACACACCAGCAGGUGACUGUACUGCCACAGGACCGUCAGGUAGUGACCCAUGCAAGUUCUGCAAAUGCUUCCCCACUGGAGAAUGCAUCGCGGUCCGAGCGCAAUGUGACUGGGACCGCAACCAAGAGGAGUACGAGGCCGACGGCUGCACGGCGGUCUUCUCGCCGGGCGUGUGUUGCCCGCAGGUGACCUGCGCAGGCGCCACCCUGCAGCCGGCCGGGCACCGGGUGACCACCACGCCGCGGCCGCUCGCACUCGCCGCGGGCGCUCCGGCCCCGCCCACCACGCAGGCCCCGCCCCCGACGGUAGCCACGACCCCGCCGACGACGCCCACGACGUUGCCGGCCGCGGAGACGCUGCCGCAGGAGAUCGACCUGGGGCUGACCUCGGCGGCUCCGGCCGAGGGGCCGAGUGAGUCGACCGCAGUCGAGGAGCCGGAGGUCUUCGCCACCACCGAGCAGCCGGAUGCGCCCACAUCAGCCGAGGAGCCGGAAGUCUUCGCCACCACCGAGCGGCCGGAUGCGCCCACAUCAGCCGAGGAGCCGGAGGUCUUCGCCACCAUCGAACAGCCGGAUGCGCUGGUCUCAGCCGAGGAGCCGGAGGUCUUCGCCACCACCGAGCAGCCGGAUGCCUCCAUCGCGGUGGAGAAGCCAGACGCCUUCGUCACAACCGAGCAGCUGGAUAGCAUCAUCUCAACAGAGGAGCCGGAGGUCUUCGCCACCACCCCGCAGCCGGACACGUCCAUCUCGGUGGAGGAGCCAGAUGCCUACGUCACAACCGAACAGCCGGACGCAGCCAUCUCGGCGGAGGAGCCAGACGCCUACGUCACAACCGAACAGCCUGAUGCAGCCAUCUCGGCGGAGGAGCCGGACGUCCUCGUCUCAGCAGAGGCGCCUGCUGCCUCACCGGACGACGCGGUGACGGAAGCGCCGUCCGAUCCGCCUUCGCUGACAGUCCCGGAGGCCUCAGCCGAGCUGACUCAGGCUCGGCCGGAGGUCCAGCAGGUCCAGCAGGAGGCGGACGAACUGGAGCAGCAGGAGGAGGCGAAGGCCGCGGAGGAACAGGUGGGGGACUGAGCCCGAACUCCCCCCGGACGCACCUCCAGCCCCGGACACUGCUGACGUUCCGGACCUGCGGCCGGUGGAGGCGCCAGUGCAGGAGAUAGUCGAGGUCCCCGGUCAGGACGUCCCUGCAGUUGACGCCCCAGCACUGGAGCUGGUUGAAGCUCCUGAGCAAGAAAUAGGCGAGCUUCCUGUGGCCGGCGACGAGCUUACCGCUGAAACAGAUGUGGCGGCAGAGCCUGCCACCUCUCAAGCUGAAGCGCCGCAGGCCAUCUCUGGAACGGAGGAGCCUCAGGCCGUCUCCGAGACAGAGGAGCUGCAGCUCGCACCGGCGCCAGAAGAGCCGCAGCUCGCACCGGCGCCAGAAGAGUCGCAACUCGCACCGGCGCCAGAAGAGUCGCAGCUCGCACAGUCGCCAGAAGAGCCGCAGCUCGCACCGGCGCCAGAGGAGCCGCAGCUCGUACCGGCGCCAGAGGAGCCGCAGCUCGCACUGGCGCCAGAGGAGCCGCAGCUCGCACCGGCGCCAGAGGAGCCGCAGCUCGCACCGGCCCCAGAGGAGCCGCAGCUUGCACCGGCGCCAGAAGAGAUGAGGACGGAAGGUCCACCGGUCAUCCCUGCCACGGAAGUGCCUCAGUUCACGACGGAAUUAGACGGGCCAGAACUCGCCGCCGUCACGGAAGACCCUCAAUUUAGCGCGGAGGCAGUUGAGGUUCCGCUGGUGCCCGCCACGGAGCCUGGACCAACGAUUCCGCCAGAGUCAGUCGGAAGUGAAGAUCUGCUGCUCGUUGAGGAGGAGGCAGACAGAGGCGAUGUCCCUCCGCCCAGUGACGUAACCCUCUUUGGCGACGCACUCGUGUCUAGUGAUGUGCCCCCGUCCAGUGAUGUGCCCCCGUCCAGCGACUUGCCCCCGUCUGGUGACGCCCAGGAAACCAGUCUGCCCGCUCUGGCGGAGGAGGGGAGCGGCGAGCUGCUAGCGGUGGAAGAAGGCCCAUUGCAAGAGGAGUUCCCUGCCAGCGUAGGCGAUUCUGUCAGCGAUCUGAUACCGGUUCCGGGUGAAAGCUUUCCGGCACCGGAGGGCUCUGAAGGCAUAGCCGUGAGGUGGGGAGGCGGGGGGAGGAGCGGCUUAGUGGAAAAACACGGCUUUAAGUAUCGACUUAUAUAGCGCGUAAGUAAGCAUUGCAUGUAAGCACAGAGAAACAUGUUUAACUCACUCAACAUCUUGACGGAUGGAGUGGUGAGUGUGGUGGAAGAUUUACCCCCUUGACUACACGUGAAGAUGUUCGAGUUCAUGAGGGUUGUGAUAUUUGUGUUGAAUUUCACAGUCGCGCGUGACGGUAAAACGUUCGAAGUGCAUCUCGACCUCGAGGGUUUCUACUAGAGAUUUUUUCUCUUGGCGAUGGGAGCAUGUCUCUGUGCCCUGGACACCGCAGGAAUUGCCUCCCAAAUCGUAAUCUCAGUUUCUCCCGUCGAUCUGUAAGGACGUUCACUUGCCUAAGGUUCGCCAGAAGGAAGGGAAUACCGAAGUGUUCCAACACUUUGCCAAACGUGGGUGUAAGAUUCAGAGAGCGAAAUUCUCUUGGCGACUCCGGCAUUGUUGUUUUUUUUUUGGAACUGGAGAGAUGGUUGCCCUCGUCCAAACUGAUAUGACCUGCCCCCCCCCCCCCCCCAUAAGCGAUCGAAAAAAGACGCGUCAGUGGCAUUCUUCACAAUAUUCAUUCAGCAGCCGUGCCGGAGUACAUCAGCGGGUAUCAGCCACGUUUUCUCGAAGGUGAAAUAGCUUACUUGCCGUGGUUGCAGAUCAAAUGGAAUAUUUUCGGAAGGCAAAGCACACGGUAACUGUUCCGUGCGAAGUGUUUCACGUGUUGAGCAAGUUUCCGCAAAGGAUUCGUUGACAAGCUCAGUUUAACUGUUGGAGUAGUAGCUGUUAGCAGUAACGGAGUAUGCGGCUCCGGUAAAUUCAAGGGCGCAAGGUGCCGACUGUCGAUUCGUUUUUGCUGGUCUGUCCGUACUAAAAAUCAUUCCUCUCACAAGCAAUUUUCGUCAUCUUUCACUUGUGCUAACUGGUCUCUGCAGCGGAAAUUUCUUGACGUACCUCUUCCAUUAGGUUCGUUAGUUUACCGAACUGGCGACCGCCGUGUGCGCUGUUUCGAUGGUUGAUGGGGGUCUUAAACUACUCUGUCAUCCAACGAAGCUCGUUGACUUUGCGCUGGUUUUGCACAUUGCUACUUUGCGUAACAUAUUCAUUGAUCUUGCACGACGGGGUAGAAGCUGGUCUUAGCCCUCCCCUGGUCUUGAGCACGCACUAAGAGGUAAUAGCCCUGACACGAUGGCUUUGUAAAGGCCUACUGCUUUAGGGGAUCAUUGUUGGUGAUUCUACAUUGGCUGGGACAUCCUGCAAAACUUGCAGAGGCGAAGACGCAUGAAGGAAAAGCUGCCAAAUUUGGCAAAAAUGGUCAGCUGCCAACUUUGGCCAAACUUUGCGGCGUCGCUGUGAUGUAGUAUGGUAAGCAGUGUUCACGGAGAUUCCCUGAUUUACAACGCUUCGAGAGCUCCUAUGCCCUUGAAACCUGUGUCGCUGUUGUUUGCCACUAACUACGCCAAUAAACAGCUUUGUUUUUUAGCUUUGCGUGUUCAGCUUCGUGUGGGAGCUGGAAAUUAUAAUAUACAUCAUAGGCAAGAAGAUAUGACAGCUCCAUGAACAACCACAUUAAUUUGCACUAAAAGUGGCAAUUUCUAUAGCAUGCACAAAUGAUCAUUUUGUGGCCAAUCAACAAUACACAAUAGCUACAAAAAAACUUGAGGGCAAAGGAAACGGCAGUAUGUAGUGCGUAACAGGACUUCGGGAGCGAGGUAGCCGCUGGCAGAUCCAAUCCGCCGGCUUGGGGAGACAGAUCGCUAUGUCGACUAAAAUAAGCUUGCCCAGGUAGAAUUUUUCCUCGGAAUCUCAUCACCUUCCUUUGCUUUCAAGUGCAACUCAAGCAAUACUUGUGAAAGGUAGCAAUAAUUCUUUGGAAAUAUUAACAGCCCUAGCAUAUCUGUGGGAUUUUCGUUAUAACCACGCAAUUUUGCAGCCUUCAUUUAAAGACUAGGUCGACGCAGACUAGGUCGGCGUCAGUAAAGCACUCUAACUUGGCUUCAGGUAUGCCGCUGGUGGAUCAGGCCGAUUGAUUUGGCGAUGAGAAAGAACCGCGCUGGAAAAUAAUUAUCCAUGCAUAAUAUACCUCAGGGUUAUUACAUUUCCUCGUAUUUGAGAUACCUUAGCUAAUGUUUGGGAAGAGGAUGACACAAAGAAUGUAGUAAUGACCACACAAACGUCGCUGGGGUAACGCUCAACUAUUUUACGACAGUUUGUGAGCUCACGUGAACAUUGUGCUGGUUGGUCUCCUCUCCAGAACUGAGAGACUCAUAAAGAUACCUUAAAUUUCUGUUAAUGCGCUUUCUAAAAAAAAUAUUGCCUUGUGCUAGAAAUAUGCCCGAGAACCCAAUCAUACUGGAAACUUAGCAUACCAAUUACUAAACUGACAUUCAUAAUGCCCCGAUUUUUUAACGUUCACUCUUUGCUGAAUGCAUACCUCCAGCCAAACCAGCCU